UCAAACACGGCGAUCUUUAUGCAACAAUAGUUUUUUUUUUGUGUGUAGAAAGAGAUCUUUAUCACAAAGCCAUUCAAUAUUCAGACAAAGUACAGCGACCUUCUCUAACAAGUAGCGUACGGAGUGGAAUCUUGUUGUUCACGAUAAAUAGCCAACACCGCUUAGCAGCUCUAUUCUUAUAUGUGCGCCAACAACAACGCAGCUGUUGCGGCGCCGCAACUCUGAUCGCCUCUGACCUCUGAGCACCUCUGAUCAUUUCUGACGGGCGGCGACCGACCGGUAGCGGACUCCGACCACCGGGUGCUCCGAUCACAGGCCGGACGAGAACAGGUUCCUAGGUCGGGCCUCCGCCGCCGUCUCCGCCCGCCGCCGGCCGGCGCGUCGUUGACCUCCGCCCGGCUCCCUCCCUCCACUCAGGGGAGGUGGGCGCCCUCCCGCCCUCCCGUCCGGCCGGCGGUGGACGGGAGAGGCCGGCACCCGACAGUCGCUCCGCAGCCGCCGGCAGACCCGCGCGGCUCUCUCCAAGCCGACCUCGCCUGUCAUCACACGGUCACAAGGGUGACUGAUCCCAGUUUUCCAAUACCUUUCCUGGGCAUUUCCUUGAAUUCUGUGCUGAGAACUUCGGUCGGUGAUUUGGAGAGACGUGUGCAAAAUAUAUCCUUCUCCAACACCAAUCGAGUGAUCCAGGCUUAAUUCAAGCAGCCUAGUUCGAUCCUCUUCCUUUGAGAAACACCCCCAGCAUGAUCCCCCUAGCCCUGUCGCUGUCGGCGCUGCUGGUGGCGCUGUGCGGCGCUGACAAGCUGCCGCUGGAGGCGCGGGGGACUGUCCUGGCCGACGGCUACCUGCCUCCUCCGAGAGAGUACCUGCCGCCGCCGAGGGAGUAUCUACCGCCGCCGGGACGCACUGGAGAGCUCUCACUGCCAUCAGGAGGACCGGAGGGACUCUCCCCGCCAUCAGGAGGCGCGCAGGGGCUGUCACCGCCAUCAGGAGGACCGCAGGGGCUGUCACCGCCAUCAGGAGGGCCGGAGGGACUGUCACCGCCAUCAGGAGGCGCGCAGGGGCUGUCACCGCCCUCGACCGGAGAGCUGGGACUCUCUCUGCCCUCGACUGGCGAGCUGGGGCUCUCUCUGCCCUCGGUGGGUGCGACGGGACCUGACGCCGGCCUCGGGGAGGUCAUCAUCUCGUCAUCUGCAGGAUCGCUGCUCUCACUGGGAGAGAGGGGACCGCCGCCGAAGGCGACAGGACCCGACACGGACCUGGCAGUGGUUCUGGAGCCGGGCUCGGCCCACCCCGGCUUCUGUCCGCGCCGCCAGCUCAUCCGCUCCUGUCGGCUGGUAAAGGCCGCGCCCAAAGAGUGCUUCGCAGACGUCGACUGCAGCCCCCAGGAGAAAUGCUGCGCGCUGGACUGCGGACUGCAAUGUGUGAAUGCCGUAGUGCAGCCGUCGUCGUGUGAUAAAAUUGUCUGCGCCCGGCCGGGGGAGGAGUGCGUCGACCUGGAGACGGGACCGACCUGCAUCGGCCACUCGAAGUCGGGCCAGUGUCCGUUCCACGGCCAGUUCUGCUCGAACCGGAUCCUCGUGUGUCGCGAGGACACAGACUGCGAGGGCGACAAGCUGUGCUGCAACCUCGGCUGCCACCGGCUCUGCGUUGACCCCGCGUCCAAGGAGCAGCACCUGGGCUUCUGCCCGGGGGCGGUGGCCAGGCCGCCCACCCGCUGUGGAUUCCAGUGCCAGGUGGAUGACGACUGUUCGCCGGAGCUGAAGUGCUGCGACAACGCCUGCGGCAAGGUCUGCCAGCCAGGAGUGGUGCCGUUUAUCACCUGCGCCAACCGCAACUGUCCGUCCAACACCCGCUGUGAGAUGAUCGGACUGGAGGCGGUCUGUAAAGCCCUGUAGCAAGAAAAAAUAUUCUUUGGAAAACACUGUAAAAUGACAGGAGGACGCUCCAUGCAGCCACGCAACAACAGCUAGCCCAGCGACCCCAAUAAGAUGCCUCCUCGUCCAGCCAAUUCCGCCAGAGAAUGGAAUGUGUUCCGGAGCUGCCGGAUUCUGGGGUUCGGCCUCCAGCUGACAGCUGAUUGAUGUGAUUGAGGGCAUUAAUAAAUGAUCACCGUCAACGGUCA